UGUGUUUGUGUGCGUGAUUCGUUUUGACAUUUCUCCAUCGAAUGUAAAUUUUGCAUUUUCGCUUGUUAUCUAGAAAUUUUGUCCCUGCCCUAGAAAAGUUUGAUUUUAGGACCGUUUCCUCACACCGGCAGCAAUGGCCAAGAACACGUCCAGCUCGGCGUUCCGGAAGAUCGACGUCGACCAGUACAACGAGGACAACUUCCGGGAGGAUGACGCGGACCAGGCCAGCGGAAUGAUCGUCCCGGACGAGGCCGAAAUCACGACGCUGCUCAAUCAGGGUAGGAACAUUGACGCGCUGAAGACGGUCCUCCAGAAUGCUCCUCUUUUGUGUAAGAACCAGCAAGUUAAGGACAAUGCCCUGAACCUCACCCUGAAGGUGCUCCUCUCGAUCAAGUCGUCCCAGAUCGAUGCCGCCAUCGACUCGCUGGACGACCCGGACCUGUGGGACGUGCUGAUGAAGUACAUCUACCGGGGCUUCGAGAUCCCGUCCGAGGGCUCGAGCGGCCACCUGCUGACCUGGCACGAGAAGGUGUACGCCAAGGGGGGCGUGGGCAGCAUCGUGCGGGUGCUGUCGGACAGUGCGCGGGCUUAAAGCGCGAAGGAGGCAAUUUGCAUUUAAAACAAAAGAGUUGAAUGUUUAACACAAUGUCUAAAGUAUUAAAAAGGUGUUUCACAAUCGUGGAAA